AUGUCUGAGCCAAUCCGUAAUAAGAAGAUGGACUCAAUAUCCGCUCCCACCCCCCAGAACACACCUGCUAAUGCUGCUCCCAUAUCGUCGCGCGCCCAGCAGCCGGGCGUCGGCACCAUCAAGGAAGAGGACAUGGAGCGCACCGCUGCUGCUGGGCUCGCUCGUCGGCCGCUCAAGUGGCUACAUCGAGUCGCUGCCCGCCUCGGUCCGUCGCCGUGUGCCGGCCUGAAGGGUGUCCAGAAGGACCACUCGAAGCUCGAGGCAGAAUUUCAGGAGGAGGUUCUGCAGCUCGAGAAGAAGUACUUUGCCAAGUUCACACCGCUUUACCAGACCCGUGCCAAGAUUAUCAACGGUCUCGAGGAGCCCUCAGAAGAGCAGGUCAAGAUCGGCGAGCAGGUCGACGAGGACGAUGAGGACGAGGAUGCACCCGAGGCUGAGCUCAACAAGGAUGAGGGCAAGGACGUCAAGGGUAUCCCAGAGUUCUGGCUCAGCGCCAUGAAGAACCAAAUCUCGCUCGCCGAGAUGAUUACAGACCGCGACGAGGCCGCGCUCAAGCACCUCACUGACGUCCGUAUGGAGUACCUGGACCGCCCUGGCUUCCGUCUGAUCUUCGAGUUUGAGGAGAACGAAUUCUUCACCAACAAGACCAUCACCAAAACGUAUUUCUAUCAGGAGGAGAAUGGCUAUGGUGGCGACUUCAUCUACGACCAUGCUGAGGGUGACAAGAUCGAUUGGAAGGCAGGAAAGGACCUGACGGUCCGCAUCGAGAGCAAGAAGCAGAGGAACAAGAAUACCAAGCAAACCCGCGUAGUCAAGAAGACUGUGCCGACGGAGUCAUUCUUCAACUUCUUCGACCCACCCAAGCCUCCACAGGACGACGAGGAGGGUAGUGUCUCAUCCGACAUCGAGGAGCGCCUCGAGCUGGACUACCAGCUCGGUGAGGACAUCAAGGAGAAGCUGAUUCCUCGCGCCAUUGACUGGUUCACCGGUGAGGCUCUUCAGUAUGAGAAUAUUGAGGACUUUGACGAGGGUGAGUUCGAGGAUGAGGACGAUGAGGACGAGGAUGAGCUCAGCGAUGACCGUGACGAGGAUGAGGAGUCUGACGAUGAGAAUGAUGGCACAAAACCCAAGCAGGAGGCUGCUGAGUGCAAGCAGAGCUAG